CGGCAACCUGCGCCUUCGUUCACACUGCUCCUAGGUUUAUAACGUUAACUGCUGCUACUCACUCUGUUGCUGCUCCACGCCGCCAACUCCGCCACCAUCCCAAUCUCAUUUCACUCUCUCGGAAAACUUUAAAGGGAGCUAGCUAAAUAUGUGAAAGGCAACCUGAUGUUCGUACCCACCCAUUCCUACAUAAUUAUAAAGAGAUAAACCAAAAUUCACUGUAGAAGUUGCAUCAAGGAAGGAGAAGCUGCAAUAGAAAGGUUUGAGUAACAUGGGUCAAUGUGAGAAGCCCAUCAUUAAGGUGGAGCCCUUUCUGGAUGAACAAAUUAGCACUACAAAAAUCUUUGAGGACACAGAAGUUGAUAUAGUGAGCUGGACAAACAAGGGUGAUUUUGCGUCCAACAAAAAUGAGGACCCUGAUGCAACUGACUAUUCAAGUUCGUUUGCUGACACUACGUCUGAUGCUGAAAAUGGUUCUAGAUUGAGUGAUGCUGAAGUGGAGUCAGAGUUCUUGGGAGAUAAUGGCUUGGCAGACACUUUUGAUGGUUCUGCAUUUCCAAUGAGGAAGAGGAAGUUGACCGAUCAUUGGAGGAAUUUUAUACGACCUCUAAUGUGGCGUUGCAAAUGGACAGAACUAAAAAUUAAGGAAAUUGACUCACAAGCAUUAAAAUAUAGUAAACAGCUUGCAGAAUGCGGCAAGGGAGAACAUACAGGACUUGAUCAAUUUACCUUAGAAGAGUGUGGUUCAAGGUCAUUGCCAUUUUUGAGUGAACAGCGAAGAAGUAAAGCCAAAACUAGAAGAAAAAGGAAGAAAGUUGAAGACACAACUGAAAUUGGAUCAUAUACAUCUCAUCAUUAUAUUUUCUCCUAUCUUGAGAAUAAGAAGUCUGAUCCUGAUGGCUGUUUGGCUGAUGAUUCUAGUAAUCCAGUGAUCACAGAGACGAAUGCUGAUUCAUCUGACAGAAUUGGGGAAGAUCAACCUUUCUUGGAUUUCUGUGAAACUGAUGCUUCCUUAGAGCAGCUCCUUUGGUCAAUAGACAAUCUACGUUCUAGGGUCCACAAGCUGAAAGGCGACAUUGAUGCAGUAAUGUCCAAAAAUGCUUCAAGGUUUUCUUCAUCAGAGAAUUUAAGCCUUCUUCCUCAUGGUGACGUGCAGACUAGCUCUGCCCAAAGCCCUACAAUCUCUGCAGGGAAUGGAGACACAGCAUCUGUUGGGGUUAUUUAUCAUUCAACUCAUCAUGGAGCUGACUUUGAUUUAGGAGAUUUUGUCAUGCAUGAUAGUGCCAUUUCAAGUUAUGGAGAAGUUCCUAUGGUUCCUGAUAUAAUUGAGAGCACUGUGGGCUUAUUGUCUGCCGCUGAUGUCACCCUCCAUUCGGCCUUGGUUGGGGACUCGUGUGAAGAUAUGGUGGACAAUGUUUUGAUACAUGAGGUAGCUGAAACAGAUGAGCACACCUUUAAAAGUGCAACUCACCAUCCCAUGGAGAAAGGCGAAGGGGAAGAAAACCUGAAUCCUGUUUCUAUCCCCAUGUCAGAUAUUAAUACAGCAACAAACACUGCAGUGCCUCAAGAGGAAUCUACUUUGAAGUCCUGCAUGUAUAGAGAUGUGAACUUUCCAAAGAACAAAAGAAAACGUGGGGAGCGCAAAGCGUGUUCAGGUGGUUGGAGCAAGAAAUGCUCAGGGGAAUCUGAGAACCAGUGAGCAUGACUUCUCAAUCUGAAGUGACUACAUAAUUUGUAGUUCAUUGUUUCCCCCUCAUUAGGAGAUUGAUGUUUAGACUUUGGUGAUCAUAGAUAAUGAGUAUUAUAGAGUCGUUUCUGCAGGAACUAGCUUCAUUCUGACUUUUCAGAUUUUAUACUCGACACCCUUUUUCAAUAUGGGUUUGGGGUGAGAAUACUCCUUUUCAAUUUGAUCAAUAUAUGAAAAGAAAAUUCAAUUCAAUUCUUACAUAUACAUUUGUUUUUAUUUGAUUGAAGUGGAGCCUUGGUGCAAGGAUCAGAGUUGUUGUGUAACUAGGAACUCACAUUUUUGAGCUGUGGAAUCAGCUUCUUGCAAAUAAAUGCAAGGUACCUGCAAUGGUCUCCUCGAA